CAUCAGCUUAGCGGGGAAAGCUGUAUGUGUCAAACAGUGCAAUAAUUUCCUCUAAUUACUCAUUAAUUUAUGCAAUUCCCAUAAAUUAUUUGAAACUUUCCAUAUUCCAUUCAUUCAAUGUCUAAUUUCAUUAAGCACGCACUCUCACUUCCUUUUGAUUCCAAUUAUUUUCCAUAUGAAAUCACCUAUUUUUGGUUUUCGAUUUUUUUGAGACUCUUGCUUUUGGCUGUUGCCUUGCUGAUAAAGGAGAUUAAACAUAUGUUGGAAGGGGCCCUGAGGAAGAUGACGGUGAAGACUUUCAUCAAAAUCAAAUCAAUCAAUCGACUACAACUUCUGAUCAAUAUAUGGUUUACUGGUGUUCAAUGAUCAUAAAGGAUUGAAGAGUAUAAAAUUAAGUAAGUUGUUGGUGUUUUUAUAGGAUGGUUAAUAAAGAAAACAAGGCUGGAUCGUUAUGUGAGGAUCUGUUGGUUAAUGUUUUUGGUAGACUACCUGUGAAAGAUCUGUUGAAGUGCAAAUGUGUUUCGAAAGAAUGGCAGACAAUAAUCUCCCAUGUUUGUGUUCCCAUGUUGUCAGCUGAGGCUCAUGUUUCUGGAGUUUAUUUUCGUGUUGUUCGAGAUUAUGACUUACCUAUUGUAUCAACAUCGUCUCCUCAAGAUGUCAAAGACCAACUUCAUCACAUUGUGGCCUAUCGUGAUUCUAUCCAUCAUGUUGACAGCGCUCCUCUGAAACCACAUCUCAUUCCUUUUACCAGCCACUUUACCGAUCAAAGAGCUGGUUCAUAUGGUAUGUCACUUUUAAAUUUGUUGCCAUUUGAUCAUCGUGGUUCCAGUUUCUUAGACUGUUGUAAUGGCUUAGUUUUGUUUGUUCAGUGUCCUAAACCCCAGUUUUACGUGUGUAAUCCUGCAAUCGGACAAUGUGUGCCUGUCCCUCUACCUCCUCCUUCCAUAUGUUUGUUGUCCCUCUACGCGUCAUUAGCAUUUGACCCUUCUGAGUCCAUUCACUACAAGGUGGUUAUUUUAUCUCUUAUUAAACAGCCACAAUGUCUCUAUGUAUUUCAUUCUCAAACUGGAGAGUGGAAGGCACACGAGGUGAAAAUAAAGCUACCUCUUGUGGAGUGUUUUAAGUUGGUCAGGCAUUCUGUUUACUUGAAAAAUGUAGUUUAUAGAUUGUCCAUGUUCGGUGUGAUUAUAAGCAUUGAUCUUAAAUCUAUGAAAGCCUGUGUAAGUGUAAUUAACUGCCCAAGUCAGAAAUCCCCUCCUACGCAUGCGAAAGAUCAACCUCCGCCACCGCCAGGGUUUAUCGGGGUGUCAAAUGGGUCUCUCUGUUAUGUCGGGGAUGAAGACGGGCAUGUGUGUGUGUGGUUGCUUGACAGUCCGAAUGACUCCACUGAAUGGAGUUUGAAGCAUAAAGUCUGCUUGCAACACCUUUGGAAGUACGUGCGAGAAAAUCACUGGCAUCAACGUUAUGUCUGGUUACGGUGUUGUGCUUUUCACCCUACCUCUGACAUCUUGUUUAUGGGCUCUGCAUCUUCGAUUUUUAUGUAUCAUAUCGGAAGUGAUCGUUUUGAAUCAGUGAGGUAUUUACACUUUUGUGAAGCGCAUUGUGGAAACUUUUUCCCCAUCUUUUUGAACAAAAUUAUAUUUGUCACGUUGAAGGACUGGUGCAGAGGUAUCACCACCAAUAUUGAUACCUAUGAAGACAUAAAUGACCGUUGGUGUUACACAGAUCAGUAAAAGAUGGGCUUAUGGUUCGUUUGAGUUUGUCUGCAACAAGUAAUUUAUCGGUGUUUUGGCAUUUGCUCUAGAUCCAACAGUAAUCAUGGAAAUCAUUCUAGUUUAGUUUAGUUGAAUAUUUGCAAGCUCAUGAGCUUUUUAUUACCUUCUAGUAUUUUGAAUUUUGAUCGACCUUUGACCUCUUUCUUGGGUUAGCUGUUGUUAUUGAAGAGCAGAAUAAUUAGUGGGGCAUCUAGAUUCUGGAGCGAAAACCUUUGUUGGGGAGAUCAUGCAUCAAAUUUAGAAAACGUCCAGGACCAAGUUACCACUAAAACAUCUGCUCACUAGUACAACAAGAAGCCAAAUGAAAAACAAUAUUUCUUAACAAAACCUCUAUUGAUUUAGCAUUACUAUGAAAGAUCAAUUUAUUCCUAUUACACCAAAUGCAGUGAGUUUUAGAACCGUGUGUCAAAAAUAUCUACUUUUGCAGUCAGAUUUCAGACAAUCUGCACUUCAUAAUCCUGAUACUGAAGAGAUCUCUGAAUUCAAGGUGUAAAUUCUGUUGUCAAAACUGAACAAAGAAGAACAUCUGAAGAACAAGGUAUGAACACACUAAGCUCCUGUUGCAGUUUUGACAGUUCCUUGCUGUUGCAUUUUGGCUUGAGCUUUUGCUAGCAUAUGUAACUACUGAGAUGUCAACUGUGAGUUACUCUAGAAACAAAGUAUACAGCCUAUCCUACUGUAUAUAUUUAUCAAACUCAAAUGGAAAGGUUGGUGGUUUGCAAAGAGAUGUAGUUUGCAGUAGGCCUCAUAAGUGGGUUAUUGUUUGUCAUUUCUUUGAUGAGUUGUUUUGUCAUGUCAUUGGUAGACUUUAAUGAUUCAGGCCAUAUUUCACUCUCUUGAAAGUUUUUUAGCUCACGUAUUUUUUCACCAAUGUAUGAAAACUUUGCAAGCAUUUCUACUAGAAUUAUUCCCAAACUGUAAAUGUCACUUUCUUUGCUAAAGAUGCAAGGAUCACCUAAUUCCAGUGCACGAUAACAAGUGGUUGGACGGAUGUGCUCUUCAUUGGACAGAUUUGCAAGGCCAAAGUCCC